AGCGGUAUCGGUAGGUAGGUCUUUAUUUCAAACAUAGAAAACAAGCAAACGUUACAUGUUUGAAAAGGAGCAGGAGGACAAUUCUACUUAUAAUGUCCUGCCCCCUCUCUGAUGCGCAAUCCAUACAAUCUCGUUAAUAAACUUUUUAACACGUCAGAGAAGACGAAGAAGAAAAAAGCCGACGAAGAAGAAGAAGGGGGGGGGUUCAAAACAGGCGAGGGAAAACAGACGCAGCGCUAUUGCAGUUCAGGUCUUCAUGUCAUGCCUGUUCAGCUGGUUUUUGGCGGGACCAGUGGCACGCAGGUACCAGCACACCUGACGAGGCUUCCCAUCCCUCUCAUCAGCACCUCCACAGACUGCUCUGACAAAACGGUGAAGGGGAAAGUCACCCAUAAAGGACCGCUGGUUUUCUUAGGGGACGAUGAAUAUCUCCUGAAAGCUGUGAUUGAAGAAGAGAGUCCCCAGCAGAAGUCUUCAUCAGAGCAGCGGUCCAUCAACGUCAUCCUGUUCGGAGAGAUCGCCAAGGACUUCUCUGAAACCGUCAGGCAAGGAGAUGUGUUGGAGGUCGCAGGCUUCACUGUGGGAAACUCUCCUACCUUCCAGAAAGACAAACUCCAUCCCUGUAAUCUGCAUCUGUCUGGAGAGCAGGCCUGUAUCUAUGUGUUGAGCUCUGCGUUCUCUGCUGUGUCUCUACCAGCCAACAAGAGGAGCUCAUCAGCUGCUGCUAAGGUCUUGAAGUCUUCCAAAGUCUCCAAGUACACGUACACUCGCCUCAGUGAGCUGAAGCCUGGGGCUGUGGUCAACGUCUAUGGUGUGGUUGUCUUCUUCAAACAGCCCUUCAUGAGCAAAGGCACCGACUACUGCUCCACACUGAAGAUCACAGACCAGUCCAACCAGAAAGUGAGCUGUACAAUCUUCUGUGAGAAGCCGGAGGACCACCCUAGGAUUUUUAAAACUGGGGACAUCGUACGCUUACAUCGAGUCAAGACCAAGCUCUUUGACGGCGCCGUUAGCUUGCUGAACACCUUUGGUUUCUCAGUGGUGACAUUCGAUGGGGCUGAAGGUGCCGCUAUCAUCCCCCGCACAGCCAGUAGGUCCUUCCAUUUCAACCAAGUGGACCAACAGACAGUGGAGGAACUCCGUGCCUGGGCUGCUACCCAGGGGUUGAUUUCCUCUAUCUCCUGGAUUCCCCUGUCUGCUGUUCAGCCCAAAGUCUACUUUGACCUCACCUGCCAGCUGCUGUCUAAAGCCCCUGUAGACUCCACCUGUGUUCUGCUGAAGGUUUGGGAUGGCACCAGAUGCACUCACCCUCUAAUGACUUUGUCGACGGAGCCAGCCGUCACAGAGGGAACUUCCUCUCUCUCUAAGGAACGAGACAAUCUCAUCGCCAUCGUCUUUGUAUAUGACGAUCACGUAGAGGGCACCAGGAAGCUGAAGCCCGGGGACUUCAUCCGGAUUUACAACCUCCACGCCCUGCCUGCAGCUGGCAGGUUGCCUGGUGACUUCAUCAACCAGUCAGAAGGGACGGAUAAGCUUGUCUUUCACCUGCAUUGGGGCACAUCGUUUGGCCGGGGAAUCCGGAUCCUACCCAAUGACAGCCAGGACAUACAGGACCUGAAGAGUGUGCUCGAGUUAUUUCCAGAGGAUGAGCUGAACGACUCAGUGCUGUUGGAGGUGUGGAGCACUCCACCAGGGACGCUGGAUGGUUCGGUGGAAUAUGCUACAGAGAGGAGGUGUGCUCACAACAUGGAUCCAGUUCCUCUGGCUCAGGUGAAGCAGGCUGAUCUAUUUGGACAGUUCCACGUCAAGGCCCAGCUCCGCUCUUAUCAGCCCCUCAAACUCUACCAAGCUCUCAAACUCCACUGCCCCAAGUGCAACUUUAUACGGGACAUUCCGGAUGGUGAGACAGUAGCAGAUCUGUUCUCUGAAGCUUCCUUGAAGUCCGGAGCCACCCCGGUCCCCUGGGCCAUUUCAGGUACUGUCCACCUCCCGGCAGAGUCCCACAACUCCUGUUCCCGCACCCUGACCUUCUACCAGUCCCGUCAGCUCAUCACUGAGGGCAGACCCAGAGAUCUGGUGUAUCUGAUGGGCGCCACCCUGCAGGAGACAAAGAAGCUGGCAGUUGGCGACCAGAACAUCAUCCCUGUGUUGUCAUUAGGAGGAAGUCUCACACUGCUCCCCCUCUCCGCCCCCUUCCUGUUUCAAGGCAGGAAGCAGUUUUACGGAUGUAGCCAGUGCUCCCAAGUGUGUCUGAAGGCACUACCAGAGGGAAUGGGUAUGAUGACCGAGAAGGCCGUGGCAGAGGCUCUGGGAGUCCAGCUGCUUCAUCACAGCCUGCUGAUGAAGCUGGAGCUUCAGGAUGAAACAGACAUGCUGCAGGCCUUCCUGUGGAGAGAUGCUGAGCAGUUUUUUCAGGUGUCGGCCGAAGAAGCAGCGGCCAGUCAGGAAGUCCAGGACGUCAUCCAGCAGACCAUGACUCGCCUCUGCUCAGCAGGAAGUAGCAUGACUGAGCGGCCAUGGCUCCACCUGUGUCUGACUUCCUACCAAGUGGAAGAUAAUGGUCAGAAGAAAACUUGCUACCAGAUCUGCAACACAGCUGCCACCAUCAACCAACCACGCUGCUGAACCUCCACCUGAGCCCUACCACACCGCCACCUAAGCUCUCCCACACCUCUGCCUAAACCCUACCACAUCUCCGUCUAAACCCUACCACACCUCCAUCUAAACCCUACCACACCUCCGUCUAAACCCUACCCCACAUCUGUCUAAAUCCUACCGUAUGUCUGUCUAAAUCCUACCGCACCUCUGUCUAAAUCCUACCACACCUCCACCUAAACCCUACCACACCUGUUACAGCUCUACCUUAACCAUACCACAACUACUACACCUCCAUCUAAACCUAGCCACCUUCAUUGCUGUGUAAGGAGUGGAACCAGAUGAGGUCUGCAGACAGUUUUCUACAUCCAUCUGUUGGUUUAGUUUGACCUGAAGUUUCUGUUUGUGGUGUUCUGUUCUGUUCUGUUCAGAAAGUUACAAGGAGAAAUGGAAACCGUGUGCUGUACAAAUGUGAGACUGAAGUAUCUUUAAAUAUAUCAUGUAGUUUGUCAAACCUUUCAAAUGACUAUCAAAA